UUCAUCCAAACACCUUUUUCUUUCACUUAACCAAACAAUCUUUUCAUGUUCAUUAGACUCUUUAUGCACUACAUUAGCCCUUUGUUAUCGAUAUAAAACACAUAUCUCCAGUUGCUAUUAACCCACAAAUGAAGGGAAAGAAAGGAGGCAAGAGGGAGAUGACAUGAUGCAAAGAAACUCUACCAACAACAACAUUUCCAAUAACACAUCAUCGUCACAUCAAGCCUGCGCUUCAUGCAAACACCAAAGAAAGAAAUGCAACAACGAAUGCAUCUUAUCUCCUUAUUUUCCGGCUCGCAAGACCAAGGAGUUUCAGGCCGUUCACAAAGUGUUUGGUGUUAGCAACGUACAGAAAAUGGUACGGACCGUACGCGAAGAGGACCGAACCAAGCUGUCUGAAUCUUUGACGUGGGAAGCUCUAUGGAGACAGAAAGAUCCGGUCCUUGGCUCCUACGGAGAGUAUAGGAGGGUCAGUGAAGAGCUCAAGCUGUACAAAAGCUUGGUUCAUAAUCAACCUCUCAUUGGUUGGGAUAAUAAUCAACGUGUACUCAACAAUAACAACAAAAACGGAUUAGCGGUGAACUCAAGUGGAUCUGGUGGGUUUAGUGUUAAUAACAAUGGUGUUGGUGGGAAUCGGGAGGUUAUUAACGGUGGAUAUACAUCGAGGAGUUUGCUUGGUGGCUACGAAAAUUUAAGGCAAGAUCAAAGGCAACAAUGUUAUGCAGUGAUUAAUGGGUUUAAACAGCAUUAUCUCCCACUAUAAGCAUAUGGCUAUUAAGGACUAAUGAAAACGAAUCCUGCAUGCUACAUGUUAGUAGUUGCUUAUGGCUUAACUAUACGUUGUUGAGUCAUUUUUAUAUACUUUUAACUAAUGCAAUUUGUGGUGUAUUUUAGUGCAUUCGUGGAGUAAACACUUGUACGGUAAUUCACAAAUAUUAUAGGAUCAUCUCAUUAUCUCAUAAGUAUGUUAUGUGUCCUAUUAAGUUUUGGAAUUGGCAAUAAGGAUUAUAAAGUGUU